ACAUAAACAUAACCUUAAAAUCGAAUUUUAUAACCUCAACAAAUUUAAUCUACAAGAAUCAUUUGAGUUUAAAAAAUGUUAACGAGCGAAUCUGAAACGGACGGUCAAUUCCCUGAAGCAGAACAAAACGAUUUAUAUUCGAAAAAAUAUAAAUUGUUGGCGGAAAGAUGCAUUGAUAUACAAAAACGCAAUCAAAAAUUAGCAUUUCGGAUACAAGAGGUGAAUAAGAUCACGAAGAAACGCCACCAACAAGUUCAAUUCAUUAAAGAACGUUUAUUCACGGAACAUGGUGAAGAUUGGGCUGUUAUACCGAAGUAUUACGACUUGAAUCUAGCAACGGACGAUGAUGAAGAAGAAGUGAAAAAUCAUAAACCCAUUGGGGGACAUUCUAGGGUUGUACACAAAAAUAGAGAAGAAAAACGAGAAGAACAUGAAAAACCUAAGAUUGUUAAGAAAGCCCCGAAACGAAAAACCACAAAGGCCGAAAAAGACCCAAACGCUCCAAAGCGACCUUCAAAUCCAUUCUUUCAAUUUUGUCAAGAACAAAGACAAUUAUUAAUGGAACAAAUUAUUUCAGAAUUAAAACCGGGUGAAUCCGAGCCGACCAAACAAGAAUUAACGCGGCAAUUAGCUAUUAAAUGGAAAUCGUUGAAUGCGAAUGAUAAACAAGUUUACGUCGAUAUGUACGAACGAUCAAAAGAAAAAUAUGCCGCUGAAAUGACUGAAUAUAAUAUGAAAAAAUAAGUUUAAGUUUAAAAUAAAACAACAAUAAUAAUCUGUACAUAACAAUU